AUGGCCUCCCGCAUCGUCGCGACGGCGAUCCUCGUCGCCAUCUCCGCCUUCGGAUACUUCUCCAUCCUCGGCCUCACCGCCCGCAAUGGCUGGGGCGAUAAGUUCAACGCGUAUACGGCGCGAGAGAUCGCCGUCCUGCCCGACACCGACAUUCCAGCCCGCACCCACUUUACCGGCGUCGCCGGACUGGAUUACGUUCUGGCCCAGCUUGUUAAAUUCUUUUAUCCCUGCGUGACGGGCCAGCUUCCGGCCCUUCCCCUCUUUUCUAUCUAUUUUGCCGGCCAGGCGAUUGCGCUGCACAGUAUCCUCAUGCUUGAAGGGCUGAGGAAGGGAAAUAAAGGCACUAUUUUCUUCUACCCGGUCAUUUGGGGAACGCUCUACCAGUUGAUCCCCUUUGGAAUCACAAUACCCAUCUACUGCGCCCUCUACAUCUGGCUCUCACCGCUCGCGAAGCAGCCGGCCGGACAAAACAAGGUAGACUUGCUGUCGAUGGACUCCAUCAAGCUGUACGCUACUCUACCCGCCAUCGUCCUCGGCCUUGUAGUCCCCACGAUCCUACCGGCGCUCCCCGCCCCUCGCAUCAUUUCGAUCGAUCAACAGCAGAUUUUCCUCGCCCUCUGGCAAAUAUUCCCGGCGAUGGUGGGCGUCUGGCACCAAGUUUUCACUGUCGUGGUUCGCAAACUCGGCCUCGCAAAACCCGCGUCAUCGCCCGCCGCGAGCCUCGGAGACGCAAAGGAAAUAUAUUCCCAAACAAUCUACCUGGCGCAAGUUAUCCACAUCUCCGUGAUCGCUUUCGCGUUCGUCCCGGAGGCCGUAAAGACGAUUUUCAAGGUCGCCGACGUCAGCUCCAUCAACUGGCAGACUGUCUUCGUGCCCAUGUCCGUCGUGUCGCCUCGCCAGGUCGGUUCGAUGGCUGAGGGCGCACUCACGCUUCUCCAAUAUGACUUCUACAGCGGAUGUGCGGGACUGUUCUUCUUGGUAACGUAUUUGUCGGGAUCAGCGUAUGGGGUCUCGGCGGCUGCGACGACGGUUUUCAAAGUUUUGCUGAAGAGCGUCUUGGUCGGUCCUGGUGCGGCGCUUCUUUGGGAGUUCUGGGAUAGGGAUAAGGUGGCGCUUGCGGAGGUUGGAGAGGAAAAGAAGACACAGUAA